AUGUUCCUCCAGCGUACCGCCUCCGCCAUUGCGAGGCGCUCUCCCGCCCGCGCCUUCACUCUCGCCCAGCGCCCGUUCUCCUCUUCCCUCGUGCGCAAGAUCAAGAGCGAGGAUGACCUGAUCCCCCCCGGUGCCCAGCCCGGUACCGUCCCUACCGACUACGUCCAGGCCACCGGUCUCGAGCGUCUGGAGCUUAUCGGAAAGAUGCAGGGCAUCGACAUUUUCGAUAUGCGUCCUCUUGAUGCCUCCCGCAAGGGAACACUCGAAGACCCCAUCAUCGUCAACGGUGCCGGUGAUGAGCAGUAUGCCGGUUGCACCGGUUUCCCCGCAGAUUCCCACCAGGUUAACUGGUUGACUGUCUCUCGUGAGCGUCCUCUUGAGCGCUGCAACGAGUGCGGCAACACUGUAAAGCUGAACUACGUCGGUCCUGAGGAGGACCCCCACUCCCACGACCACGACCACGGUCACCACCACCCUCCCCACGAGGAGCCUAAGACAUUCGCCGACUACGUCAAGCCCGAGUACUGGUACCGGUAA